AUGGAGGUCGGAAGAAUCAAUGACAAUAUUCCCAAAUCGAGUCAUGAAGGCAGUCAGUCAUUAGAAGAACAUUUAAAUGUCGUCCCUUCUGAACUGGAAAUUUUAAAACAGGAUUUCGAAAGAAGAACUGCAGAGUUGGAAAAACAGAUAGAGCAAAUGGAAGAGGAAAAGAUGAACUUAAGAUUGGACGCAGACGUUCAGAAGCUCGAGGCUGAACGAUUAAAAAAGGGGAAAGCUAGGGCUGAAGAAGAUCUUGAUAGUUUGAAAACAGAUUAUAAGAAGUUGCGAUUAUCAAUAAGGACUGCCGGGUUGGGAAAAUCUUCUGAACAGUGGCGCAAAGAGAUUCAAGAAGAAAAGAAUAAGGCUGAUGAAUGGGAAAGGAGGUUCCAAGAAAUUCAAGCACAGAACGAGACUUUAAAGAGGAGUUUGUCGGAGAAUCAGAAAGAGAAAGGGGAGCUGGAGAAUAGAGUGACUGAAUUAGAAGGAUCUCUUCAUCGGCAUCGAAAUCGGAAUUCUGUGAUGGAAUUGAGGGCAAGCUUAAAUAGAAUUGAAGAAAUGAAGGAAAGAAUUGAAGAGUUAGAAGCAGCAUUGCGAAAUUGCGAGAUUCAGAUUGAGUACUUGGAAUCUAAUGAAGAUCGUCAAGCCAAGCAGUUGCACUACUUUCAGAACCAAGUAAGAGAUAGGGAUCACAUUAUGGGAGAAGCCGUGCUUCAAAUCAGAGAGGUGGCUGACCAUUUGCAGACGUUAGCAGUACAAGCUGAUGUGUUGAGCGUGAAGUACGAAUUAGAGUCAAGUCAAGGACAAGAGUUAGCCUCGUUACUUAAGAAAAUUAGAGUUUUGGGUAUUAGGGCUAAGUCGUAUCUGUAA